AUGGUAUUGGCAACCAAAGUCAUGCAAGUCCUAAAAAGCUACAGUAUCAACUGCAAUGGGCCAGGUGUUGGAAGCCGAGAUGUGGAAGCAUUCUUGCCAACCAUUGCAACGUUCAUAGAAAACCAAGAGCCAGUACGCAUGGUUCUUCCGGCAUUUCCUUUCAAGUCUCCAAACUCUCAGGAUAAAGUCAUGGGAAUUCUUCCUGAUCUCGGUGAAGAACUUGCAUUAAAACAUCUCAAUGCUCUCUGUCAGAAUGUUACCCAAGUCUACGAGCCUGGUGCAGAAGUACACAUCACCUCCGAUGGGUUGGUGUAUAAUGACAUUCUUGGUGUUACGGAUGAAACGGUUUGGGAGUAUGGAGAAGCCCUGCGACGAAUUGCCUUAGAACAGGGACUCCACCAUUUGCGCUUUCUCAGGCUCGACGAUUUACUUGGACACGAAGAGCUAUCAUCUCGCAGUUCACAAUCCGCAAAGGAAUUCUAUUUAUUGCAUGCUUCCUGUUUCCGAAGAGAGCUCAUGUUACGUUUUGGGAAUCCAUCUUUCUGCCCUCGAGCUGCAAUUAAGAACGAUUCAGACAUUCGUGCAACCUACCGUGGGUAUAUAAAGUUCUUGACAAAAGAUAUUGCUCCUCAGACCAACUCAAUGAGCAAGCGUGCUAGGGGUGAGCAUAUUUCACAGGUUGCGCAAAGUAUGAUCGUACGUGGCCAGAUGUUCGCUGCCGCUAUCAAAGCUGAAAGGGGGGAUUACGUGCGACUCUCCAUUCAUGAGUCGACGAAGAGUCAAAAAGUCUCGGUAGGGCUCAAUCCGCAAGAUCAACAUGCCAUUGGACAUACUCCGUGGCAUUCAUGUGUUGUGGUCGGUGUGGAUGGGUCCUACCGCGCUGCCCAUGUUGAUCAAGUGCGUGAUACUCAUGAUCUCAUCAUCAAGAAUGGUCAGCCGUACUGCUAUCGAGAGCGCUCGGAGUUAUUUGACUGGUCAAAAGACGGCCUCAAAGUCGAUUUUGAGCAUCUCUAUCCGUGUGGGCUUAUCGUCCGCCCGCGUACUGGCUCGGGAGAACCACCUUCAAUCAGAAGUAUACCAAUGAGCAAAUUACGACAAAUGGCUUGCAACCUAUCCCCUGUAGUCUGUCGCGGUUUUAAGAAUACGGAAGGAGAGGGAUUGUUCAUUGAGAAAGCGGGUGAACUUGGCAAGAUUGCUACUUGGAACCAGGACAUUAUUGUCAAAGUCAAAGACUCCAAGCGCAUCGACAAGGAGAACAACAACGUCAAGUCAAAUGAAGCAAUGCCUAUGCACUACGAUGGUAUGUUUAAGUUUCGUGAAGAGACUGAUUCCAUCACUGGAGAGACUACCAAGGUUCAAACUGCCCCAAGAUAUCAAUUCUUCUUCUGUCGAGCGACCGCCUCGGAACAUGAUGACGGUACGACGCUAUUCGCCAGUUCACGUCUUUUCUUUCGCUAUCUUCCAUUGCCAUGGAACCGAGAGCGCCUUGAGAAGGUGACAUGGAGCAUGGAGAAUGAUGGUUUCUGGGACGCCAAAGUUUACAAACUACCUCUGCUUGUUACACAUCCCACAUCAGGACAGCCUUGUUUACGUUGGCAUCAACCAUGGGAUAGCACCAAAACAAAAUUCAGCACCUGCGACGUGACUAUAGACAACGAUGAUGCGAGCCUUACAUCGAUCAUUGACAACCUGUCUUAUGACUAUCGUGUCUGUUAUCGAUUCAAGUGGGAGGUUGGCGACCUACUUUCAAGCGACUUAAAACCCGGAGAGCAUGUUCAGACUCCGAAAGAGUCCACAUCAUUACGCCUGUCCCACCAAAGGCGGCCCCGUACAAGCACUGAGAAGGUCCGCACAGGAUGCAUCACCUGCAAACGUCGCCAUGUCAAAUGUGACGAGGCAAAGCCACAGUGUAAGAAUUGUCUCAGGAGCAGGGGACAUUGUGAAGGAUACGCCAGCGGAGGGAAUAACAAGUCCAAAUCUUCUGGCCCUGCGCAGAUCGUCUGGAAUUCCACGCAGAUCGUUCCUGCGGCAGCACGAACAGUACCGCUGUAUGUUCAACCAGAUUCCGAUUUUCAGGGAGAUGUGGAUAUGCGCUACUUUGACGAGUUUGUGACCAUGACUCAGGCCCCAUGGGCUACUGCAGCAACCAAUGGGGAUUUAUGGACAAUAUCUAUGCCUCAAAUUGCACAAGGCACGCCAUCUCUUCGCUAUUCUGCCAUGGCCAUAGGCGCCUUGAGUAAAUGGAUCAGUCAGACAAAGGUCAGACAGCUUCGUGCCGUGACAGCGCCGAGUGUUUCGUCGACAGAAGCAGACACGCAUUACUUCAACGCCGUUGCUUAUUACUGCCGCGCAUUGAAGGUACAAAAUCAGCAAGCUUCUUUGCAAGAUGCUGUAUUUUUAUCGGUUUUGCUACUCUUCUUCGAAAUUCUCCGAGGCAAUCGAAAGGCCGCUUUAGAUCACAUCAACCACGGCCUGGCUCUGCUACUCAUUCUCACAACUGAUGCCGAUGCACAAAAUCAUGUGGCGAAAUUUGCGCCAAAUCCGUUACCAGUACUCAGCUCGGUAGCAGACGUAUUCACGUAUCUUGCACCUCAAGCUCGCCUCAUACUACGCGGCAAAUCAGGUCAAAGUCCACCGGCUCUCCCAAACUUUCUAAAAGGACUAAGGAGACAGAAGCAGACGAUGGAGUCUUUCAUGGUCCUACUGAGUCAGAUAUCAAAAUCUUCUCCGAUUUUGGACCGUAUUCCGCUCACAUUUGAAAGCCUUGACGAAUACGAGCAGCUAUGGAUCUCAUUUCAGCGUGAGCAGAUGGCCUUAGGUCUGAUAAUGGAGGAGCUGGUUCACGAGUCAAAAUCGCAGGGGGCAACGGCUGAAGAUUUCCCUGACACGUUUCAUCUCAAGAUCAUCGGUGACUCUCGAAUGAAAGAAUUCUGUAAAGGAUCUAGAGAGGUGUUGGAAGCUUUUGAUAGGGCAUUUACUCCGCUUUUCAACAAGAUCAUGAUGUCUGACCCUGACUCUACUGCUUAUCUACGAGCUAUUCAUUUGCGGUUGCAACACCUAGGCAUGUACAUCUUUACAAAUACGUCAAUAUUCCUUGAUAUGGAGUUACUUCAAGCACAAACUCCAUCGUUCCGCGAAUAUUUGUCACUAGCUGAGGUUCUCCUGCGUACAGCUCAGCGUAAUAGCAGGAAUCCAGCUCACCUCUUGUCACUACAAUGCGUGUUGGCACUGCAUUUGCUGACUAUUGCCAUGCAUUGUCGUGACCCUUUGGUGAGAGAACAGGCUGUGUGGAUGCUUGGAGAUUAUCCAGGCCAGGAUGGACUGUUCAAUACACAUGCCAUGUAUGCGAUAGCUGUGAGAAACCGCACUGCGGAGAGCAUAAAUGCAAGCGAGGGGACGCCUGAAGAGCAGUUGCGACGGCUGUGGCGCCGCGAGUUCAUUUUUGAAGACGGUGGUGAUCGAGUCGUCUUUCGAUAUAUGGAUAAAGAUGAGGUCGCGCAAACAUGGCUCCUUGUAGAGGAGGUAGCCGAUGUUCAGAGUGACAUUGAAAACACGAAAUGGACGCGGCGUGUAUCCUCAUCAAAUGUGGUGCCGCUUCUCAUUGAUCUUUACUCUACUUGA